AUGGAGAUGCAAUCCUAUUACGCCAAGCUCUUGGGGGAAUUGAAUGAACAGCGGCAGAGGGACUUUUUCUGUGACUGCAGCAUCAUUGUGGAAGGGCGGAUCUUCAAGGCCCACAGGAACAUCUUGUUUGCCAACAGCGGCUAUUUCCGAGCCCUGCUCAUUCACUACAUCCAGGAUAGUGGGCGGCACAGCACUGCCUCCUUGGACAUCGUCACCUCCGACGCCUUCUCCACCAUCUUAGACUUCCUCUAUUCUGGGAAGUUGGAUUUGUGUGGAGAGAACGUGAUUGAAGUUAUGUCGGCUGCCAGCUACCUGCAGAUGAAUGACGUGGUGAACUUCUGCAAGACAUACAUCAGAUCAUCCCUAGACAUCUGCGGAAAGAUGGAGAAGGAGGCCGCUGUGGCUGCAGCGGUGGCAGCAGCGGCAGCGGCAGCGGCAGCAGCGCCUCAUCGGGUGGACAGUGGAAGCUCCAGUUCAGGCAGGGAAGGGACCUCCUGUGAGACCAAGAGCUUGGUCUCUCCAGCCGAGGGGGAAGAGAGUGUGGAUCGGCCCAGAGAGUCCCACUGUGGUGACUGCAGAGGCUGCCACCCUCUGGCACUGGUGGGGAAAGACAGCCAGGGCAGUGGCUCAGUGGACAGUGACUGCCCCAUUCGACCCAAACAGAUGGAGCCCAAGGUGGAGUUCGAUGCCGAGGAAGUGGAGGUGGAGGUGGGUGGACAGCUGCAGCAGCGUACUGCCCCGCUGAGCCUGGCCCAUGGGGAGGAGGGUUUGCCCAGAGGCCAGGCGGUCGACUUGGCUUAUAGUAACUACCAUGUGAAGCAAUUCCUGGAGGCGCUCCUGCGCCACAGUGCUGUCCAGAGCAAAGAGGACGCGGACCAACACUUUUCUCGGAGUUUGGAGGGAAGACCAGGUGGUGCAGAAGUAGCAGCCAUGAGUUCCAUGAUGGAUGUGCAGACUGACUGGUAUGGAGAGGACUCAGGUGGUGUGCUGGUGGUGCCCAUCAAGCUGCACAAGUGUCCUUUCUGCCCCUACACGGCCAAACAGAAGGGCAUCCUUAAGCGUCACAUCCGCUCACACACAGGGGAGCGGCCCUACCCCUGUGAGACCUGCGGCAAGAGGUUCACCCGCCAGGAGCAUCUGCGGGGCCACGCGCUCAGCGUCCAUAGGUCCAACCGUCCAAUUAUCUGCAAGGGCUGCAGAAGAACCUUCACAAGUCACCUGUCGCAGGGGCUGCGGCGCUUCGGGCUGUGUGACAGCUGCACCUGCGUUACAGACACACAUGAUGAUGAUGACGAAUUGAUGCCCAUCAACCUUAGCCUGGUGGAGGCUUCGUCCGAGAGCCAAGAAAAGAGUGACACAGACAAUGACUGGCCAAUCUACGUGGAGUCUGGUGAGGAAAACGACCCUGGCGGAGAGGAUUCAGAGGAUAGACCCCAAAUUCAGCCCAACUUAUCAGAUGGAGAGAUGCUUACGUAGCAAUAAAUGAGUGGAGAAGAGGGUUUAGAAUUUGUUCUUGCCAGUCCUGUGGUUGAAAGCCACCCUUUGUCCAAUUUUGUGGAACCCUGAGAAGAACAUUUUUUCACUGUUAUUUGCAUUUCUGUUAGACUACAUGGUGGAGGUUGGAUUCUGUGACUCAAAGGACUUUUUAGUGCCGCCCUUGAUUUCUGAAAGCUUUCUGAGUGAAUCAAGGUUGGCUCUGAGGCGUCCCGUUUUUCCUGCCAUGCAUCCAAACUCUGGUUUGAAGGAAGAUAACAAAAUCUCCAUACUUUUUUCAUAGUGUCUCAAUCUUUCUGCAUUCCUGUGUCGUCAUCCUCUUGCUCUGAAAAGGUGGGCAAGAAUAUAUUAAGUUUUGAGAUCAAUCUUACUUCUGCCAAGCCUCUUCUAAUGAAUUCCAUACUUUAAUUUUCUGGUGAAGUAUUAAGGAGAAAGUUUCCUUGAUAUAAGGCAGACACGGUCGUCUGGCUAUAUGACUGUAAAAAUUACUUUCUAAAUCUAAGAUUGCAGUGUUAAAGGCUGGGGGUGUUUAUGUGCAGACAAGCAUGGAAAUGAGCUGAAAGUUUCCUUAUGGCACUGUGACUUGCCCCGUUGAAUUAAAUUUUAAGUUAGCCCCGGGAAGGGAGCCUGAGAGCCCAGGUCUGGGUGGUUUCCCUGUUUGGCUUGGGAUUUAACAAUUCUGUGCACACAAAUAACCUGUUUUAUGAUCAUAAAACAAGGCAUUUGGGCAAAACUCAAAAUGCUCCUAUGCGUUUUCCAGCCAUUUCCAAGAAGCCACUACUGUGUAACCUGGAAAUGCAGCCACCACUGACAUUCCUUUACUUCGUUUAUGAAUAGAACUCUAAUUGGAGGGAAAGGGUAAGCCAAUAUAAGCAAGUUAUAUGUCUAAAUUGUUUACCUUUUAAAAGAUCCUUUGGAGGGAAAGGGAAGGUUACUAGAAGAACAGGUUUUUAAAACGAGUCUGCUUUUCACCCACUUUGCAGCCAUGCAAUUAUUCUAACAAAAGAGACUGUACUUCUUUAAAAGUCGAAAGAGCAGGAAAUAUUAGGGAUUAAAGAUAUUUAAGGCACUUUCAUAAUUUUGUCUUAUGUUAAAGUAUCCAAAAUGAAUUUUCUUCCUUCAGUUUUACUAUAGUUGUAUUUCAAAAGACGGUAAAAAAAAAAAAAAAAAAAAAAACACUUUCCUUUCUGCCUCUUGAACAAAAAGAGAUAAUCAAAAAAUUGUAAAUUGGCUUGUAAAUAAAUGUUAGCAUUGAAGGGUUCAGAAGGUGUUUAAACUGUACUUCUCAAUAGAAGUUAGAACCCUAGGAUGGUGCUAGCCCCAGACAGCAGCUGAAUUCUUGGACCCCAGUCCACACAGUAGGACCACACAUUGGCCUGAAGUAGACUGGAAGUUUAAAAACCGGUCUAUUAACAGAGAUAGUCGGAAAAUUAUUGUUCUAGAUCAAGAAUUACACAUUGAAAAUUUUCAAGGACCAGAAACACUUCUUACCAGCAAUGAAAAUAUUAGCGUUGUUUUAAAAGCAGGACCUUAGCAAAAGGGAAACCUAAAAGGAGGUGUAGAAGAUAUACUUUGCAGGGAGUUAUGUUUGAUAUUUUCGUUCUCUCCGUUCAAAGCGUUUCUGAUGUUUUCAUAUGACUUUUCUACCUCACAGUUCAACGCUCUGCCUGCUUUCUCUGGCAGAGCAGUGAUCCUCUCUGGUGACCCCAUAACCUAUUCACAUCACUGGGUGCCAAAUAAAAAAUUUUACAUUAGAGAUUACACUCUAAGACAGUGAUUUUCAACUGGGGGUGAUUUUGCCCCCCAGAGUACAUAUAUCUGGCAAUGUCUGGAGACAUUGGCUGUUUGGAGUUUGCGUGUUGGCAUUGGGAAUAGCUGAAUUCGGUCACUGAAUUCUAUCACUUUUAAAGGAGAUAAUUCCUCUGUGUGGACUAUCAGAUAAUAAACUGUCCUCAGUUUUAAAUUUAUGUUCCCAUUUGGUGGUCAGCAUUUAUAAUCUGCACAGUGUCUUUGAGGUUUAAUUUGUGGAGUUGGUGAUAUUUUUAUAAGUAAAUUCACAGUUGGGCCCAAUGCAGACCAUUAGUGAUUUAGUUUAUAUUUGGCAUCUUUCUGGCAUAUUCAGUCCAAGUUUGCAAAGGGAUUUUUUUUCUAAUAUUACAUAUACUGCAUGGAUGGGAACAGGAUUUUUACUUGUAAUGGGAUUGAAAAGCGGCACCCUUGGGAAGUUGUUUCUUUUGGGAGAAGGAAACAGGCUUUCACAGGGGUUGGAAAGGAAUAUAAAUAAGGCCUGGAUCUGUAAUACCUUUAGAAAUGACAUAGAGCAUCAUGGCUUCUGGUCAUUUGGCAGAAAGAUGCCAGUCUGAUGUAAAUAUUUUGGUGGUCACUGUACUUUGAAUAUUCCUUAAGAAAGCUAUUGACCCAGUGGUCUGCAGAAUGUUGUGAAAUAGAGUAUCCUGGAGGUUCAGAAUAUUAUGAAGGGUUUUUUUAUUUUGUUGUUGUUGUUAAUUGAUGUUGUAAUAAACCCCACGUAGAGAAAGACAACAGGCAGGGCUGCAUGCACUGAUUCUGAGGGCGGUGGGGAGACUGGAGUGGCCUUUGGUCACUUGAAUUCUUACUGUUUCAUUUGGACGUCUAGGUUUUUCUUGUGUGUCCUUUGUGCAUUGACAAUAGAAUUAUCUCUGUGAAGUGUAAUGUAAUAGG